GACCACGUGACCCCUGUCCUCGGCUUUCCCACCCUUCACCUAGUUUCUGUCCAUCACUAUAAAGCUCCGUCCAAUCGCGAAGGGCGUCUUAUAUAUAUCACUUUAGGCCCGCCCCUUAAGGAGCACGCCGACCAAUGAGGAGCGGGAUACGAGUUUGCUAUCCAUAGAGGCGGUGUUUCCAAAUACACACGCAGACGUAGGAAGCACCACAGAAGACGGGACGUUUGGUUAGACCGAUGUGCUUCGGGACCAAUGAGUCCGCACUACCGUAAAGAGGAAGCCCGCCUUCCUCCCCGACGAGCCAAUCAGCGGGCGGAGUGUCUCCGUCGCUCCUUCUUCUAAUCGCCUCAGCCGUAUUGGAAAUAACAGGGCUUCGCCAAGAGGCGCGGGAGGUCCUGGAGUCGUUUCGCCGGUCCCGGAAAAAGCGAGCUGGAGGCUUUCAAAGAAGCCCCGGGGGCGGCCCCCGGGACCCUUCGGAGGCCUCGUCGUCACCCUUAACUCUUCCGAAUCCGGCGGCGGCGGGGGGAGCGGGCUCAAUGCGCACGCGCGAAGGCCUCUCCUGCUCCCGAGCCCUCCGGGCCGCCGCCGGGUCGCCGUCAACAUGAGCCAAACCGCUGCCGUCCUGCCCCCGCCGGGUCCGACCUCCCGCUCCAUGCAUGUGGAGUUGCCGUCUCAGCAGCGUCGUCUCAGGCAUUUGCGUAACAUUGCAGCCCGGAAUAUUGUCAAUAGGAACGGUUAUCGCCUCCUGGACACCUACUUCACCCUUCACUUGUGCGACAACAUAAAUAUAUGUAAAGAAUUUUAUAAGAGUGAGGUCAUAAAGAAUUCACUGAAUCCAACAUGGCGAAGCCUUGAUUUUGGUCUAAUGCCUGACCGCCUUGAUACGUCUGUAUCCUGCUUUGUGGUGAGGAUAUGGGGUGGCAAGAAUGACACCUAUCAGCUACUGAUUGAGUGGAAAGUCAAUCUAGAUGGACUCAAAUAUUUGGGCCAGCAGAUACAUGCUCGUAGCCCGAAUGAAAUCAUUUUUGGGCUGAAUGAUGGCUAUUAUGGAGCGUUGUACGAACGGAAGGGUGUCUCAGAAAUCCAAAAGAAUCUGCAAGUGGAUCCCAAUUGUGUGCGUAACUCAUAUGACGUCUUCUCUUUGCUAAGGAAAAAAGAGAGUGAGUGUUUACAGUUGAAGAUUCUGGUGCUUCGGAAUGAGCUAGAGAGGCAGAAAAGAGCUCUAGGCCGGGAAGUAGCCUUACUGCAUAAGGAGCAAAGUGCACUACUUGAAAGAGGAAAAGCGUUCGAAGAAGAACAUUCAAAGCUCCUCUUAGAUAAGGAACCUCUGCAAGAAUUAAGGAAGGAAUGCACUGCCAAGAGAGAGCAGUUCUUGAAAACCAAUGCUCAGCUGACCAUCAGGCGCAGGCAAUUGCUUUCUGAGCUUUCCUGCAUUUAUCCUAUUGAUACGAAUGAUCAAGAGGAUUAUUUUAUUUGCGGAGUGAAGUUGCCCAAUUCUGAAAACUUUCAAGCAAAGGAUGAUGGGAGCAUUGCCGUCGCUCUGGGCUAUACGGCUCACCUAGUCUCCAUGAUUUCCUACUUCUUGCAAGUACCACUCAGGUAUCCAAUCCUUCACAAGGGCUCCCGAUCGGCAAUCAAAGAUAACAUCAAUGACAAACUGACCGAGAAAGAAAGAGAAUUUCCACUCUACUUAAAAGGAGGAGAGAAACUACAGUUUGAUUAUGGCGUCUUCCUUCUGAACAAAAAUAUUGCACAGCUUAGAUACCAGCACGGGCUGGGGACUCCAGAUUUAAGGCAGACCCUUCCCAACCUGAAAAACUUCCUGGAGCACGGCCUCAUGAUUAGAUGUGAUCGUCACCACGUUUCCAGCGCCAUCCCCGUUCCAAAGAGACAAAGUUCAGCAUUUGGGGGUUUGGAUGUUGGCUUUUCUGGCAACCACCCAUCUCCGGACAAGGGUCUUCGCAAACGGGCUAACUCCGAGAACGAGAGACUGCUGCACAAGUCCCAACUUCCGAGUCACAACUCAGCUUUCACCCAGCCCAUCGCGGGAGAGGCGGAGAAAACGGCGGUCUCCUUAUCCUCCUCCUUAGAUACCUCCAUUGACCUCUCGAAAGAGAGGAGCAGAACGGGGGAGGAUUCGCGGCUCGGCGUCAACGGCGAGAACAGGAGCUCGAGCGGUUGCCGGAACCCUCCAGCUUCUCUCCGGGGACCUUCACGGGCCAUCAACGGCCUCCCGUUCUCCAGCGAGCAGCCUGGGACCGCCGCUCGCGAGCGGCCCAGCAUCUUCUGCGGCGCGCUGGGUGCCGAGCUGCUUUGUACUGUGGAGCAGGCGGAAGAGAUCAUGGGCCUGGAGGCCAUGGGCUUCGGUUCGGGAGACCAGCUUGCAGCUUUCAACUACAUCCCGGUGGAUCACGCGGUGGCCGUGGAGUGCGACGAUCAAGUGCUGGGGGAAUUUGAGGAGUUCUCCCGUAGGAUCUACGCCUUGAACAAGGACACCCCCACGUUCCGCCGGCCACGGAAAGGCUCCGAUAAGUAGCAGCCAGCUGCGGGUCGCCGAGAGGAAGUUAUCCGGAGCGGAGAUAAAACUUGCACGCGUACUCCCGAUCCGUUGCGCUAGGGAGGAUCUUCAAACAUGGCAACUUGCAAGACAGGUGGAGUUCAACUCCCAGAAUUCUUCCAAGUUGCUAAAUUUGGAGAGCCCCGAGUUACGGGGUAGGAGGAUGGUAGGGGAGAAAUUUGCUAUGGUUUUGGAAGGAAGUGCCGAAGAUCUCCCUCAACGACCACGUGGGUCAUAAUCUGCUUCUUCCCCCCCGCCCUCCAUCAUAAACCCUUCCCUCCCCGGAAUUUUUAAUCCUCACAAAAAUUUCUUUGGCAAUUCUUGGUCUUUUGCGUUACUGGUUCCCUGCUUCCCCCUCAAGUUUUAUUAUUUCCAUCCUUUCAGGAGAAAUUAGGUCAAGAUUUUGCCGGCUUACCAGCAAGGCUGUGCGUAUCUUCUCUCUUGUGUUCUCGACUGCUUAUUGCUUUCAGCCAGGCCUCGCAGCUUUCUGGUUGAGAGGCACACAAGAGUGUUUGUGUUGUUGUUUUUCUUGGGAAGCGUCUGAUACAAUGGUAGGAAGACCUGGCACUCAGGAAGCCUGGGUAGAACUCCCAGUCCUGGGCCUCUUUCCUUAUUUUUUUUCCUUCCUUCCUUCCUUCCUUCCUUCCUUCCUUCCUUCCUUCCUUCCUCCCUCCCUCCCUCCCUCCCUCCCUCCCUCC